AUGCCGUCAAAAGCCUUGGCGGCGCGCCAUUGCCACCCUCGUGCUGCCCCGAGAUCUGAGUUGCGAGGCACAAAUCCAAGAUGGCCGGGAGAAAGAGUUUUACAUCGUAUCUCUAUAGUCCAGCGUCUCUUACUAGUAGGUACCGCUAAGAUAUCACUACUGCUGCUGCAUAUCAUAUCUCAGCAUGACUAUGACUACAGCCUCCAGGGCUUAUUGGCAGCAUUCGCUGCUUCAUUCUAG